UUUGGUUCAAUGAGAAGCCCCGUGAGGGGCUGCAGAGUGGGGCAGGGAGGUGACCAUGGUGCUGUGGCAGGACACCUUUAGGGGUUGCUUUAAUGCCCAGCAGCCCUUUGUGGUCAGCAGAGCCGACACCGGGUACUGGGCACAGGGCUGGUGCACUGCUGCUCUCUCUCAGGGUUGCCACAAGCGCUGGGCGAGCCGUGGCUGCCACAGAAGCUGUGCAAUCCCUCCUUCCCUGCUGUGUAACCCCCACAAAGUAUCACAUAAUCGAAGAAACCGGCUUGAAAAGCAGCAAUAAUGGUCUUUGCCAGGCAAACUGCAGCCCGCCAAAGCUCUCGCGUGGCUCAGGCCAGUGGCGCCGGUCCCCGCAGGCGAUGGCGGCAGCCGAGCCCCCCAACUUCUCGUGGGUAGCGGCGGGGCGGCUGGCGGGGCUGGCCAUGCCGCGGGAGCCGGGCCACUACCGCUUCUUGCUGGGCCUGGGCGUGCGGCACCUGGUGUCGCUGUCGGAGCGGCCGCCCCCGCACCACGGCUGCUGCCCGGCCAUCCGGCUCCACCGGCUCCGUGUGCCCGACUUCACUCCCCCGACGCCGGAGCAGAUCCAGAGCUUCGUGCAGCUGGUGGAGGAGGCCAACGGCCGAGGCGAGGCUGUGGCUGUGCACUGCAUGCUGGGGCACGGCCGGACGGGCACCAUGCUGGCCUGCUACCUGGCGAAGGCGCAGAAGAUGGAUGGUGCUGAUGCCAUCCGGGAGAUCCGGCGGCUGCGGCCCGGCUCCAUCGAGACGCAGGAGCAGGAGCAAGCCGUGAUCCAGUUCUGCCAGCGCCUCCGGUAGGUGCACAGGUCCUGUCCGUGUCACUGGUGUGCUGGGUGCAUGGGGCAGCAGAGGAGCUCAGGGAGCCCAGCUCACCGGUGGGAUCUGCCCCACCGCAGUGCUGGAGGGGACGGCAAGGAGCUGUGAGCACAACCAUCUCCCACGGACGGCCUGUGCCGGGUGAAACCGGUGGAGACGGUCCCUCCAAAACAUUGGAGAGGCUUUUCCCAGCCCCAAGCUUCUGCCCCCUGCCACAUUAAAGGACUUUCCCGUGGCCUCUCA